AUGUUCUUUGUAAGACUCGUGUUGACAAGAAGUGUGUCGUUGCAGGGGUUGGUGUCAUUUGAGGAUGUAGCUGUGGACUUCACCUGGCAGGAGUGGCAGGAGCUGGAUGCUGCUCAGAGGACCCUCUACAGAGACGUGAUGCUGGAGAACUACAGCAGCCUGGUGUCCUUGGGGCACUGUUUAGCCAAGCCUGAGUUGAUCUCCAAGUUGGAAGAAGGCUUUGGGCCAUGGCAUGUUGCGGAAGCCACAGAGCAGUGCCUCCCAGAUGUCCAUAAAUGGAGUGGCCCGGUUGAAACAUGCCAGCAAACUCAAGAGAAGUGUUUGAGGCAAGUUGAAAUUGACAAGAGAAAUACAUCAAAUGAAGAUAAGGUUCAAGUAGAAAAAACAUUCAAUGUGGACUCAAACUGUAUUUCAGAUGUGAACGUGAAGAAUGAAGUCUAUUCUAGAAUGUGUCUUCAGGAGCUUGUUAACCCAUUGCAGGAUGUACCUUUGCUUAGUGAGAGGCAGGAUGCAGAAGUGCCUGACGAUCUGAAUGAAACUUGGGAAGCUCUCUCAUAUCCUGACCACUUUACUCACCAUAGCAAGGAUCGGUGUUCACAGUGUUACCGUCCGUAUUUUGGACCAGAUAAAGCCUUCCACACAAGAGCAAUAUUAACACCUAAGACGGCUCAUGUUCAGGAAACCUCCAGGAAGGUCAGUGGCUAUGAGAACGCCUUUGAUGAGGCAGCACUUCCUGCCCAGCAUAUGACUCAGUUAAGAAGGCAAACUUUGGGGUGGAAUAUAUGCCAUAAAAUGGUCCCUAACAAGACUGAACUUAGUAACCAUGACAACGUGCACACAGGAGAGAAAGAUUAUGAAUGCAGUCAUGUGAAACCCAUCCUUAACAAAGCACCCUUCACAAACCAUCCGGAAGCCCAUGCAGGCAAAGAUUCCCAAGGACACAAGGAAAGCAAAAGCAACAAGUUCUUCUGUCUGGAUGCUGAACUACAAACAGUUGAUGGAAAAAUGCCCAGAGAGAAACAAAUUUAUGAAUGUCAAGUAUCCGGGCCACCCUAUGGCCACGAGUCACAGCACAUCAGCCAACAGACAUCACACACCUAUGAGGAGCCCGGGAAGUGUAAGGAAGUUAGGAAAGCUAUCUCUGACGAAUCAACCCUCUCCCAACAUCAGCGACGUCACACAGAUGAGAAGUCCUGCGAGUGCGGAGAGUGCAGCCAGGCUGUCCCCCACAAUUCACUACUGCCCCCGUAUCAGAGAGCUCCUCCCGAUGAACAGCAAAACGAAUGCAAAGAACUAAUGAAAAUUUACUUCUAUAUAUCGCGCCUCACUCAAUCUCACAGCCCUCAUACUCUUGAGAAACCGUAUGGUUGUAAUGACUGUCUGAAAACUUUCGCCCAUAAGUCCCAACUCACCCGCCAUCAGAGGACUCAUACGGGGGAGAAGCCCCAUGAAUGUAAGGAAUGCAGCAAAGCUUUCUGUCACAAGUCACACCUUACCCGCCAUCAGGGAAUCCACGCACCGGAAAAGCCCUAUGAAUGCCAAGAGUGUAAGAAAUCUUUCUACAUGAAGUCACAGCUCUCUCAGCAUGAGAGAACUCACACCGGUGAGAAGCCCUACGAGUGUAAGGAGUGCCGGAAAGCUUUCUUCCGCAAUUCACACCUCACACAACAUCAGAAGAUCCACACGGGCGAGAAGCCACACAAGUGUAAAGACUGUGGGAACGCUUUCGCCCGUAAGUCACACCUCACUCAACACCAGAAAACCCACACAGGCGAGAGGCCCUAUGAGUGUAAAGAGUGUGGGAAAGCCUUCUCUCGUAAGUCACAGCUGAUGCAGCACGUGACAACGCACACUGGCGAGAGACCCUAUGAGUGUAAAGAGUGCAGGAAAACAUUCUAUCUUAAGGCAUACCUCACUCGACACCAGGUCAUCCACAAAGCCGAAAAGCCGUUUGAAUGCAAGAAGUGUGGGAAAGCUUUCUCCCGUAAGUCAUACCUCACGCGACACCAGAAGACACAUCAAGCCGAGAAACCCUAGCUAGGUGAGAAACCGUAGGCAGGUGCGUU